UUUUGAGGUACCCACACUCUCUAAAGAUUUGCCUGCAUGGUUUUCAGCUCUCUUUGUUUAUGGAAAAAAUUGGUUUAGUAGAAUUAAUGCAUCUAUGGAAGGUCAUUCUAAAUGGAGUUAUUGUUAUGGAGAACCAGUACUUAAAGUUAAUCAACUGAGUUUCAAUGUGCCUAUCAUAAAAAGAUAUAUAACACCAGUAGUCAAAAUGAAUCCAAUAUCGUCAUAUAACCAACCAAACCAAACAAUUUUACAGACUGAAAAAUAUCAGUUUUUGUGCGCUAACAUGCAAAAAAGACAACCAAGUCCUUGCUAUCAGCGUGAAACAUCAACAGGAAAAAUUAGAUUUUUUUCAAUUCAAUAUUUGGAUGUAAUUGGAUACGAUUCAAGCACUGCAGUUAUAUACGGACGUACACAUAGGAACAAUGUUAUUAAAAUAAACCUAAAUAACUGGAAACCUUUCAUUAUAAGUAAAGAAAAAUGUUUUAAAAUAAAAGCAUGCCAGCUAUUUUUCAGUGAAACUUGACAUAAUUGGAAAUGUUUCUAUGAAUAUCUACAUCUUAUACGCAUCAUUUGAAAUUUGUUUUGUGAUGGGUAGUGGAAUAUUUUUUGAGAAAAUGGCCUUAAUAGUUUUUUUUUUUUUU